AUGAUUGAUUUUCAAUUAAUAUCAUUCUUAAAAGAUCACCAUAGACUACUCAUAAACCAACCAAUCAAUGGAUGUAUCUACACAAUUUUCACGCUUUUCAAGAAUCAAUAUAAUGGUGGUAUUGAAUAUGAAGAAUUUAUUAAAAAAUUAAAUCUUUUAAUUAAAAUUGAUCCAUUUAUAAUUCAAUUCAGAUCUAAUACAAACCAGGAAGAAAUUGAAUUCAUAAAUACUUUAAAUCUAGAUAUAUUAUUGCAAAAAUUGAAUAAUUCAAAUGAAAUUUCAAACCCAAUUAUAAAGAAAGAAUCAUCAACAUCACAAUUAGAUCAAUUACAAGAUUUAUUAAAACCAAAUAACAACCCAGAUUUAAUAAAAUUAUACUCCCUUAUCAACUACACAUCAACUUCUACAAAAUUAUCAAAAGAAAAAUUAAAAUUCACAACCCCCAAGUAUCCAUUCAUUGAAAUUUGUAAUAAUCAACAACAUAUUCAUCUAACAAAAACCAACACCCAAUGUUUCCAAACCAAAAUACAUUUCAUCCCAUUGAUUAAAAACCAUACAGAUGCCUCUUUAGGUGAUUGUUCUUAUUUAGAUACAUGUCAUAAAAUGGAUACAUGUCGUUAUAUUCAUUAUCAAAAACAUAUACCACAAGAAUACCUAAACUCUGUGGAACAAAAAUGUAAUGAAUUUAAUUCCACCAUCAUCAAAAACCAAAAAACAUCAUUUUGGAAUAUUAAUGGAUCUACAGCAACAAUUUCAAGACCAGUAUUACCACCACAAUGGAUAAAUUGUGAUGUUCGAAAAUUUGAUUUCUCAAUAUUGGGGAAAUUUGCAGUUGUUAUAGCAGAUCCUGCUUGGAAUAUUCAUAUGAAUUUACCUUAUGGAACUUGUAAUGAUACUGAAUUAAAUUCAUUACCAUUAAGUUCAAUACAAGAUGAAGGUAUUAUUUGUCUUUGGGUCACUGGUAGGACUAUUGAAAUUGGUAAAAAAGCAUUGGUUAAUUGGGGGUAUAAAGUUUCAAAUGAAAUUAUUUGGAUAAAGACAAAUCAAUUGGGUAGAACUAUAUGUACAGGAAGAACAGGUCAUUGGCUAAACCAUUCCAAAGAACAUUUAAUCAUUGGUAUAAAAGGUUCUCCCAAUUGGUUAAAUAAAAAUUUAGAAACUGAUAUCCUAGUUAGUGGAACUCGUGAAACUUCAAGAAAACCUGAUGAAUUAUAUGGAAUGAUGGAAAGAUUAGUUGGACCUCAUGCACGUAAAUUAGAAAUAUUUGGUAGAGAUCAUAAUACAAGAUUUGGUUGGUUUACUAUUGGGAAUCAAUUAAAGGGGAAUCAAAUUGUGGAGCAUGAUGUUUUGAAGAGGUAUGAGACUAGUAAGAUGAGGGGGUAA